AAGGAGGAGGAGGAAGGAAGAAAGACAGAAAGAGAAAAGUGUGAGAGAGAGUGAGCUGUAAAACAUGAGAGCAGAGGAUUCAAAACUAUCGCUCUGCUGAUCUGACACUUCCAGCUGUCUGUCUGUCUGUCUGUCUGCCUGCCUGCCUGUCUGUCUGUCUGUCUGUACACCUGCAGACAUGUCCUCCUGGGCUGAGAGUAAGACAGCCUCUCAGUUUGUGUCUCUCACCAUGAGGCUGAAGGAUAAGCUCCACUCUCAGAGGGGCAGACGCUCUGAGCGAAUCAAACACACCCCGUCCCAGCGAGUCAAACCAGCGGACCUCAACCUGCAGCACAAGGUGUGUGUGUUGGAGGACCAACAGCGGGUCGUCAUCAGCUCUCUGCAGUACUUCAAAGCUCUGGUGGACAGACUGGGAGUGGACAGACUGGGAGUGGACCAGUGUGUGGUGGGGGGUCUGCUGGGCGGGGCGUCCGGUGGAGUCCUGGAGGCAGUGCAGACUCUGGUCCAGCUGGAGCCACACCUGCACAACAGUAAGACCGUCUCCGCCUGUCUCAGUCGUCUCUACCGGUCUCUGGCUCAGCUGAUCCGCUGGGUCGAUCAGGUGAUGCUGCAAGGCGUCGCCCACGGCAACAAAGAGUCCACAGCAAGCGUUACCACGGUGAUCAGGGCCGUGCUCGACAGCGUCAAGGAACUGGUUCGAUUGGCUGCAGAGAGACAAGGCAACCCCGCCCCCUUGUCUCCUGUCCAAUCACAGGCUGCCGUGGGACAGACAGGUUCGUCUGAUGACCAGCAGACGGCAGAUAGGAGUCCAGCUGAUCCUGCAGAGGACUCAGCUCCUCCCAAACCCCCGAUGCCUUUCUCAGAGACCAUCUCCCAAACGUCCGUCCCCCAGACGUCCCUCCUCCAGACGUCCCUCCCCCAGACGACCCUCCUCCAGGGACUCAGUCCUCCAGCUCUGCCCCCUAAGAAGCGUCACUCAUUGUCAGUCCCCGCCCCCUGCAGGGUUGCCAUAGUAGCCCCAAUGAGACGAGAGCCUGAGCCUGAAGUGGACACACAGGAACAACAGGAGGACGAGCGUUUGAAGCAUUGCUCCUCUGCUGCUGAGAAGAACACACACUGUGAGGAAGAUCCGGACUACGACUUCCUGCACACCGACCUGUCCUCCUCGGAGACUCUCCCUCCUCUUCCUCACCCCCCCGCCCUGCCAGAGAAGAGACGCUGCAGCACUGCAGGAAUGACCAACUCUCAGGCCGCGCCUUCCUUUGGGUUUGACUCCUCCCCCUGUGAUGAUGUCAUAGAUGACGCCAUAGCUCCUGAUGAGUCACUGUCCUCCCCUCUGUCCCCCAGCAAGACGCCCCCUCCCCUCCCUGAGAAGAAGCGACACAUCCAUCAGUACCUGCAGUUCUGUUCGUCCUACAGCGUUCAGUCAGCGGACCUUUUCUACCAGCGCCCUUUCACCGUCAGUGAGCGUUACAACAGCCGACAGCGAGAGCUGGAGACCACGUACCAUCUCACACAGCUGGACACACAGCUGGACACACAGCUGGACACACAGCUGGACACACAGCUGGACACACAGCUGGACACACAGCUGGACACACAGCAGGAUACACAGCUGGACACACAGACGUUAGACCCCGCCCCCUCACCUGAGCUGAUUCCCGCUCCAGUUCUACCGCCCAAGAAAAAACAACAGGACUCGGGGGGCAACGGAGCAUUGGAAGAGAAGCAGCCCAGAGACAGUUCCCAGAGUGUCCAACAGGAGCAACAAGAUGAGGAGGAGGAGGUGUUACUGACCGACCGGAAGGAGAUCCGCCACAGAGUCACCAUGAAACCUCAGGAGGAGGACGGUCCAGAUGUGAAAGCAGCGUCUCCUGACAUCUUAUUGGUCUAUGCCACAGAGACUGACAGCCGACAAGAUCAGGUGGUGUACCGUGAAGCCUUCCUCUCCACCUACAGGAGCUUCAUCAGCCCGAAUGAUGUCAUCAGCAAACUUCAGCGCAGGUACAGACAUCUGUGUGAAGGACGAGAAGCUGCUGCUGCUAAGAACACCUUUCACCUGCUGGUCAGAGUGGUGGACGAGCUGUGUGCGAUGGAGCUGGACUCUGAUUUGCUGCUACUGCUGAUGGAUCUGGUGUUCAGCCUCCUGAUUGGUGGAGAGCUGGGACUCGCCCACCUGCUGCGCUCCAACAUCCUGUCCAAGAUGGAGCAGAGGUGGCAGCUGAUUGGCUCGCCUCAGUCGCUCCGCCCCCUCGCUGCCAGGGGCGUGGCAGCCAGACCAGGAACUCUUCUGGACUUCAGGAGUCAGGAUUUAGCCGAACAGCUGACUCUGCUGGACUCUGAGCUCUUCUGCAAGAUUGAGCUUCCAGAGGUGUUGCUUUGGUCUAAAGAGCAGAAUGAGGAGAAGAGUCCAAACCUGACAGAGUUUACUCAGCACUUCAACAACGUCUCCUUCUGGGUUCGUUCUGUCAUCAUCCUUCAGGACAAACCUCAUGACCGAGAGAAACUGCUGCUGAAGUUCCUAAAGAUCAUGAAGCACCUGCGGAAGCUGAACAACUUUAACUCGUACCUGUCCAUCCUGUCGGGGCUAGACUCCGCCCCCCUGCGACGACUCGACUGGCAGAGAAACACAGCGGAGGCUCUGGAGGAGUACAGCUCUCUGAUCGACAGCUCGUCAUCUUUCAGAGCGUACAGAGCAGCUCUGGCUGAAGUGGAGCCUCCCUGUAUACCCUACCUGGGUUUGAUCCUUCAGGACUUGACCUUCGUCCACCUGGGGAAUCCUGACACGGUGAUGACAUCACAGGGUUCAAAGGUCAACUUCUCCAAACGCUGGCAACAGUUCAACAUCUUGGACACUCUGAGGAGCUACCAGCAAGUUCGGUACUCUCUGCAGCCUGACGAUGACAUCACUUCCUUCUUCAACGACUUCAGCGAUCACCUGGCCGAGGAGGCGUUGUGGGAACUCUCGCUUAGGCUCCGCCCACGCAACACCCCACGAGCCAAUCAGAGAUGACCGACAAAAACAACCCGUUCUCACUCGCAACUGGUAAAAUACUGACGCUCGGUCAGUGUUUCUCUGUCUAGUACAGGGAUCUUCACCAGGGUCUCCUAACUAUCGUUAAUCUGACCUGAGACCUGAGCUCAGCAACAUCACAAUACACUCCUCACGUCUCA